CACCAUCUGCGCACGCAGCGCACAAUAGCAGCAACCGCGCAAGUUGCCUUUUUCCCGCAGACAAGAUCACACGUGUCUCGCACUGAAACAUCCACGUCAGUGUCACUGUUCCAGUACCCAUCACUUCAAACUUCGCUUUACCUUUUUUUCCCUUGCUCCAUUUUUUCUUACCUCACAGAAAAUAUUCCCUUAUUUAGGGCUUUUUUUUUUCCUCCAAUUUCCCCUGUUUUCUUCCUUACCAAACCCACCACCGCCAAUGGGUUCAAUCGCCGAUCCCGGCGAGUUGGUUCACCCGGAACCGCCGCCGAGUUUCGAUGACUUCCAGCGCCAGACUUCUCUGAUGACCAGCUGUACUCUACUCUGGAAGGAGCUUUCCGAUCACUUCACUUCCCUUGAACAGGACCUCGAGAAGAAAUCCGCCGCCUUGAAGGCCAAAUUCGAAACCCUAGACAACGAGACCAAGCUCUUCAUGGAUGAGCUUUCCCAGCGGGAGUCCACUCUGGAGACCACUCUCUCCAUGGCGCUGAAGAAAGUUGAGAAGACGAAGAAAGAAGCGAUUUUCGCCGCCGCCUCGAAGGAAAAUGGGGAAAACCGAGAUGGUGAGGUGGAUGAUUCGGUUGGUGUGCUUGUGAGGUUGAAGUCGUACUGUAUUAGGAUGGAUUUUAAGAAUUUCUGGGGAUUUGUUGUGGUAAGGAAGAAGGAAUUGGAGUUAUUGAGGCAGGAGAUUCCUAAAGCUUUAGGAGAAUGUGUUGAUCCUCCCAAGUUUGUGCUGGAGGCGAUUUCUGAGGUGUUUCCGGUGGAUAUUAGGAAGUGUGCUGAGAAUAACGGUGGUGGAAACCUUUUCGGGAAUGACCUUGGGUGGGCUUGUGUGUUGUUGUUGGAGUCAUUGAUUCCGGUGAUGGUGGAUCCUGUGCUGGGGAAGAAGAGGAUGCUGGUGACUCCGAAAAUUAAGGAGAGAGCUGAGGAGAUUGCGGAGAUAUGGAAGAGGAGUUUGGAGGAGAGAGGUGGGAUUGAGAAUGUGAAGACUCCGGAUGUCCAUACGUUUCUGCAGCAUUUGGUGACUUUUGGGAUCGUUAAGGAAGAUGAUUUGGAGCUGUAUAGGAAGCUCGUUGUGGCUUCUGCUUGGAGGAAACAGAUGCCUAAACUUGCUGUUUCUCUUGGUCUUGGUGACAAAAUGCCUGAUAUGAUUGAAGAGCUGAUUAGCCGAGGACAGCAGGUUGAUGCUGUACAUUUCACCUUUGAAGUUGGUCUUGUGGACAAGUACCCACCUGUUCCCCUUUUAAAAGCUUUCCUCAAGGAUGCAAAGAAGGUAGCCACUUCAAUUCUGGAGGAUCCAAACAAUUCUGGGCGAGCUGCGGUAUUCUUCCGUUUUUUGCUUCUUGAUCAGUACUGGGUUCAACAAAUCUUUAUUUUGUACUUCUUUGGCAUGAUCAAACAACUUACCUUCCUGCUUUCGAGUAUCUUUCUGUUCUUUUCUUCUCUCCUUUGGAUCAUACCCAUGUUGGAGUUGAUGUUUAAUAAUAGGGCUGUCAUUUCUUCUGAGACCCGAGUGAUUAUUCAUCUUUACUAAUUUUUUUCACACGCAUAUCACUAAUCUUCUUCUUUUGUGUCUCUACCUAACAGAAUUUUUUGUUUUUGUUUUUUUGAUGACUUGUGUAGCAUCUGGCAUCAAAGAAAGAGCAAUCGGCAUUGCGAGCUGUCAUUAAAUGCAUUGAAGAGUACAAACUCGAGGAGGAGUUCCCACCGGAGAGCCUCAAGAAGCGGCUUGAACAACUGGAGAAAACCAAGGCAGAGAAGAGGAAGCCUGUUGUUGUUCCUGCUAAUAAACGAACACGUGCCAGCACUGGAGGCCCAAUGCCCCCAGCCAAGGCAGGUCGUUUGACAAAUGCCUACGUUUCAUCAUUCCCUGCAGCUCCAGCAUAUGUCAGGUCUCCCCCAUACACCCAGUACCCUGCUGGUAUGCCAACAUAUCCCUCCCCACCCGCCAUCUAUGGACAUGGAAGCAGAAGUCCUCCGUACGCAUACUCACCCGAGGCAUAUCCAGGAGCCCCCCUGACUUACCCGGCAUAUGGAGCCUACGGCAAUGGGAUGGCACCAGCUAGUCCAGUUUACCAACAACCUUACUACUGAUCGACAUGACUGGCCAUCUGAUACGGUUGACAACUGAUAUCAUGACCCAAUGCAAAAGAAUGUCUUUUUAAGGUGGUUUGUAAUCAGUAAUCACUAACGUUAAUCGUAGCUUUAUCUGUGUGUCAAUCCUUAAUUCUUACUUUCCCGUCUGUGACUUGUGUUUGUCAAGUGCAGAACCUGUACUUCUGAUGUUGAUGAAACUUCCACUAUUAGGUGUUUUGUGAAAAGUAAUUACUAAAAAUGAGGCAUAACGUAAGGGUGGAAACAACUGUUAGGUGUUUAAUGCCUUGAUGGUUAAUCUUAUAGAAUGUUACUUCCUUUUAUCUAUAGAAUUAAUUACUCCAAAAGUACUAAAAAGAUGCCAUCUAUAUUCAUUCAGAACUAAAAAGAAAAAAUUGUUACACUUUAAUACGAAAUAGUGAGUUUUAAUUUUUUUUUUGAUUCUCCAUUUGUUUUUCGAGG